CCAAAUUCGUUACGUCGAUACAACUUUAAAUGAUUUGCAGAUAGACUGAUAGUUGUAUCUACGUUGAGGUGAUUAGACAUUUACACCAAAUAACGCCAGUUAAUCGAAGGAAUAGUACGUACUUCAUUAUGGGAGUAAGAGGACUUACAGGAUUUAUCAACAAGAACAACAUAUUUAGCCAAUAUGAACUUUCUAACGGAACAGUAAUAGUCGAUGGUUACAACUUUCUAUAUUCUUUGUACUUCGACGAAGAAAUAGACGUUAAACAUGGUGGGGAAUACUCUGAUUUCUACAAGAUUUUUAACGACUUUAUUAGCGUUCUUGACACAUGCAAAGUGAAGCCAAUAUUCAUCUUCGACGGUGGUCAUGUUGAUGAAAGAAAGUUUCCAACUAUCAAAGAACGUUUUGAGAAGAAUUUGAAGAGGUCCCUUCGAAUAGGCCAAGGCGCAGAUGAUGACCGUUGUAUUCUUCCAUUAUUUUGCAGUCAUACUAUGAUAAAAUUAUUUAAUGAUCUCAACGUUUGUGCAGUUUGGUGCGACUUUGAGUCAGACCCAGAAAUCGCAAAGAUCGCAAAUGAAUACAGGUGCCCAGUGCUUUCGGCAGACAGUGAUUUCUACAUUAUGGAUCUUCCAAAUGGAUUCAUUAACACCAGCGACUUUCAGUGGAAGACAGCUACCAGGCGUGGAAUCAAAUGUAAAAUUUAUUACCGUAGUGAGUUUUGUAGAAGAAUGGACAUAUUAAAAGAAUGUGUUCCAUUGGUGGCAGCAUUUGCUGGGAAUGACUUUAAUGAAUGUCAAAUGAGAAUUGGAAACGCAAUUACUUUCUUGAAGGGAAAGACGUCGGCAGACACGGCUGUCAACCAGGCCCUAAAGCGUGUGAAUCGGGACGUAAAAGAUCGCAUGAAGAGAGAAAUCAUGUCUUCUUUAUCAACGUACGAUAUACCGGAAACUUCGUCAACCCUUGCCUACCUAAAGAAUCCUAAUGCAGAGAUGCCAGAGAGUGCUCUAUACUCCAAUUUCCCUCCCUGGUUUAUUGCGCUGUAUCGAAAAGGUGGCGUGAACAAAGAUUCCGUUGAUGUUGUACUCUAUCAGCAGCGAUUUCUAAAUCACUACGUGGAAGAUGAGACAGAUUCCUGUGCCGAUAAUGCGUCGCUGAGCUUACGCAAAUGGCAAUAUGGAAUUCUUGCGAAAGAGAGCAGCAUAAAGGAGUAUUUCAGGGAAGCCGAUAAACUUACGCAUAAGAUGGUAACACCAAACAAAACAUCAGUAGAAGGCCUAUGUGUUCCAAAUCUAGAAGACAUGCAGAAACUAAGUCUGGAGGAACGCGAGGAUUGGUUUUUCAAUUUUCUUGAAACCAAAAAAGGUGAAUAUGAGAAUAUGCCGGCUGAGUUCCACCUCCCCAUUGCAGCAUUCAAAUUCUGGUUGAAGCACUGUAAGCCAGAGAGAGAAUACGCGUUCGCUUUGCUGUCAAGCUGGAUCGUGGCAGUUAACGGUAGGAAAGAGCGGGGAGCUGAGGGUAUGGCGACCUAUAAGAACCCAUACUUUAACCUACGCGCCAGUCAUGCGUUUUCACAAUGGCAGAGUAUACUGAAACAUACGAUCUAUUUAAACCAACUCUUGAUGUCACCAAUCUUCGAAUGUGAUGUCACUGUACUCUACAGCGGCCGCAUGAUUUUUAGUCAUCUGGAGAAAGGAAAGAAAGAAAUAAAGGCAUAUUUACAGGAAAACGUGCCGGCAUUCUCGGAAUCUGCAAAGGCCUUGUAUGACGUCCUGAAAAAUCUCAUUGAGUAAAUUUUUUGUAAUAUUUGUUUGUUUGUCAUUUGGUAUUCAUGUAGCACUUUCCUUUAGGGUAUGAAACGGUUGUUUUUCUUGAUUGUUGGGUCCAUCAUGCUUAAGUGGUACUUGAUUUUUAACACUGAAUUUCUGACACUAGGCCUAUACGUAAAGAAAAUAAGUGAGCGAGAUAACGUGCAACAUGCAACAAGUUUUUUUUUUAGUGGCCAUAUUGUUCUUUUUAUUAUUGACUCUGUUUACAAAAACUAUUACAUUGAAAUGAUUAGAACAAUGGCAUGAUAGUUUGUAUAUUACGCCGGAUAUGGCAAGACUAGACGUUUCAAUAAUUACAUUUUGCUACAUAUAUUCCUACUUUUUGAAGUUUUUAAGAAUUAACUGACUCCGCUUACAUUUAAUGUUACAAUGGAAUGUUUAGAAUAAUGGUAUGAUAUAGUUUUUUUUAAUUGAAAGAAUAAGUAUAUAAUAGGCCUAAUUGAGUACGUCGGAUAUGGCAAGACUAGACGUUCCAAUACAUAAAAUUAAUCAAAAACUAUUUAGUCAUAUCGCAUACGACGAAUUAUAGUAGCAACUUCUAUCAGAAUAAUUACCUUAGAUCUUUACACUUAGAAUUGAGAAACACCACUGUAGUCAUUUCCCAAAUUAUUAAAAAGAUUGACCAUGUAUUCAUUUUACAAACUAUUAUAUGAAUAUUAUUUUUAUUUAUUUCAUUGUAAAUUACACAAGCAUCCAAGCAAACCGGAACUGUAUUAAAGAUACACCUUACGUAAUAACAUUCAAAACGACAUUAAAAAGUCGAAGCUAAAUUUGUAUCAAUCAAACUGAAAGUGAACUUAGCAAAACCCAAAAAGCUUUGGAAACAACUAUUCCAAAAAAUCUAACGAACUUUUAAGUUACUUUGAACGGCAGUAUUUGUCAUUCAGAAUUUUCAAUAUUUUUUUUCUUUUUAUACCAAUGCAGCCUCUGCUCUAAUACUAGUAGGGAGAUUUCGCAAAACGAUAACGAAUAUCGAAUAGGCCUAUGUCAUUAUCAUUACUGUAUUACCAUUCGUGGCUCAAACAUUCUUAACAAUCAAGCUAAAUAUGAUGCUUGAUUCAUGCGAAAGGCAUGAAUUGACCUUUCCGCUAAGCUCCGCCCCUUGGAUAUUGUUGCUUAGAUCCCACAAAGACAGCAGUGUUAAAACCAUGGUUAAACCAUACGCGAACACGCGAACACGUGCGUUUGUGGGACAACACAUGUGUUUGUAAGACGCGCGCGCAUUCCUAGCGCUGUUCUGAUUAGUCAGUUGUUAAGUUUGAUUGACACUCUGGAAAGGUCUAUUGCAAACGUUGUGACACUAAUAUGCAUCAUGCACUGUAGGGGAAGGGUUGUUUAAACAUUUUGAUGACGUAACCGUAUUCGUUAUUCGUAAGGACUCCCUAAAAGCGCUUCGCAAACGAAAAAGGAAUGAGGAAAGAAGAAGCGAUGAUUAGUCUUUUGGACGACAAAUUAUUAAAGUUAUAUUUGUAAAUAUAUGUUUUUGGCUUAAAUUAGAGUUUUCUCUUUUUCGCUUCAUGCACUUUCACUUUAGUGAUGGAGAACUUUUUGUAAUCUAAGUGAGGCUUUUAACAACAUUGCUUAUUAUUUGACUCCUCCCAAUACAGUGGUUAUGUGCGUCCACUUUUUGCUAGUUU